AUGGAAUUCUGCGGGCAGCAAGUGGUUCUGAUCACUGGGUGCUCCCAAGGAGGCAUAGGCCAUGCCCUGGCACAUGCGUUUGCUGCAGAGGACUGUCUGGUGGUGGCUACGAGCAGGUCACUGAGCUCCAUGGCUGACCUUCAGGAGGACCCAAGGUUCUUUUUACAAGAGCUGGAUGUGGUUUCAGAUGAGAGUGUGGAUCAUGUGGUGUCUAGUGUUUUGGAGAAGUACGGACGAAUUGAUGUGCUGGUCAACAAUGCUGGGAUUCAAUGUGUUGGCCCACUUGCAGAAGUCCCUCUCUCUGCUCUGCAAAACACUUUUAAUACCAAUGUUUAUGCUACAUGGGUUUUAGCUCAAAUUGCUGUUGAGGGUAAAGGGGGAAUUGACAAAUCCAAACACAUCCACUUGUGUGGUCACCAAAACUUUCCUUUAUUAACUGCCAAGCAGGUCUGUUACCCAGUGGCUUGUUUGGUCUAA